UAUCCGAAUUUUUAUAAUCCCGUCUUGGUCUAGAAAUUACAUACUAGAGAGAAUAAUGGCGGCGUCCAAAGACUUCUACUUGCGGUAUUAUGUUGGUCACAAAGGGAAAUUUGGACACGAAUUUUUGGAGUUUGAAUUUCGCCCAGAUGGAAAAUUACGAUAUGCCAACAACUCAAAUUACAAGAAUGAUACAAUGAUCAGAAAAGAGGCCUAUGUACACAAGUCUGUAAUGGAAGAGCUCAAGAGAAUCAUUGAGGACUCAGAAAUCAUCCAGGAAGAUGAUGCGUUAUGGCCACCCCAUGACAGAGUUGGUCGUCAGGAGCUUGAGAUUGUAAUUGGAGAUGAACAUAUUUCUUUCACAACAUCUAAAAUUGGAUCACUAGUGGAUGUCAACCAAAGCAAGGACCCAGAAGGACUGCGGACCUUCUACUAUCUGGUUCAGGAUCUGAAAUGUUUGGUGUUCUCCCUGAUUGGGCUUCACUUCAAGAUCAAGCCAAUCUAACCCUCGCCAUCAGGAUCAACAACAUACAACAUAGCAGCAGAUUUCUCUCCGUUUUAUCAUGUCACUGUAGAUUUCAUUUUGAUUCUUUUACUUCAUUAAACAUUUACAUGUA